AUGAAUGGUCUCGGUGGAAUCACAACAAGGCCGGCAAAGAGCGCUAGGACGGUACUGAGCAGGGCAAGAAUAGCUCUACCGGCUCGGCCGAGCUACGUCAGAGCUCAGAGUACCACAGCUGCUGCACCUAGAACAAGGCAACCAGGCGAAAAGGAAAGAGUCGUGAUUCUAGGAUCAGGCUGGGCAGGCUAUGGCCUCGCGCAAACCAUCAAACCCUCCAAGGCGUCGCGGGUGCUCAUCUCGCCGCGGUCGCACUUUGUCUUUACGCCGCUGCUGGCCUCGACGACGGUCGGCACGCUCGAGUUUCGUGCCACGAUUGAGCCAGUGCGCCGUCUCGGUCUUGACGAGUUCCACCAGGCGUGGGCCUCGGACAUUGACUUUGCCAACAAGACGAUUCGGCUCGAGGCCAACACGAUGAGCGCGGCGGCGGGCAGCAAGACGAGCCCGCUCAGGGGGCCCGAAAAGGGCCCCGAGUUUGACAUUACCUAUGACAAGCUGGUCAUUGCCGUGGGCUGCUACAGCCAGACGUUUGGCACCGAGGGCGUGGCGCAGUACGCCUCGUUUCUGCGCGACGUGGGCGACGCGCGCGCCAUCCGGCUCAAGGUGCUGACAGCGUUUGAAAAGGCCGACUUGCCGUCGACGACGGACGCGGAGCGCGGCGAGCUGCUCAACUUUGCUAUUGUGGGCGGCGGGCCGACGGGCAUCGAGUUCGCGGCCGAGCUGCACGACCUGGUGCACGAGGACCUGGCCAAGCUGUACCCGUCGCUGAUGAAGUUUGUGCAGGUGACGGUGUACGACAUUGCCCCCAAGGUGCUGCCCAUGUUUGACCAGGCGCUCGCGAGCUACGCCAUGGACCUCUUCCACCGGCAGGGCAUCCAGGUCAAGACGGAGCACUCGCUGCAGAGCAUUCGCCGCCAAGGCGACAUUCUCAAGCUGCGCAUCAAGGGCCACGACGCCGAGGUGGGCGCGGGUCUGCUGGUAUGGAGCACUGGGCUGAUGCAGAACCCGCUGGUGGCGAAGCUGCUGGAGCAGGACAUUCCGGGCCUGGGCCGCAUCGUCAAGGACGCGCGCACGGGCGGCAUCAUGACGGAUGGCCACAUGCGGGUACUCACAGGGCUCGAGGCGGGCGGCGACGGUCCGCGCAAGCCGCUGCCCGACGUCUUCGCCAUCGGAGACUGCACCGUGCAGGAGGAGCACCGGUUGCCGGCCACGGCGCAGGUUGCCAGCCAGCAGGCGGCGUGGCUCGGCAAGCGCAUCAACAAGGGCGACAUGGACACGGCCGACGAAUUCAAGUUUCGCAACUGGGGCGCCAUGGCGUACCUGGGCAGCAAGCGCGCCAUCCACCAGCACGGCGCCGAUGGCCUCAAGGGCUGGCCGGCGUGGAUCCUCUGGCGCACUGCGUACCUGACCAAGAGCAUGAGUUGGCGAAACAAGUUUAAGAUUCCGUUUCAAUGGCUCAUAACGGCUCUGUUUGGCCGAGACAUUUCUCGGUUCUAA